AUGCCGUCCUGCAUAGAAGUUACCAUCUUCGCCGGUCAAGGCACCGGACACCAGAACUCUGAGCUCGCCUGCAAACAAGCCCUUGCCUGUGUCAAGGAACCUGCUGGUGCACUCCUACUCGCCUACCUCUUCGACACCUUCCGAGCCGAGCUGGCCUCUCUCAAGGAAACUGAGCUCGACUACGCAGACAUCGACGUCGGGCGCUUCGAUCGUCCAGAGACGCUUCUUGGACUCCAGGACGAGUCCCCGUCCUGCAACCCCAUCAUCACCGGGACGCGCUUGCUAGCCCAGCAAGUUAUAACCUACCUUGUUACGUGCUUCCUCCCGUCAACAUCUUCGCCUUCUUCAACGCACGCUCCCGCGAACGUCGCUGUUGGCUUCUCCUCAGGCAUCUUAGCUGCCUACGUCGCUGCCACCUCUGCCACCACACCGGAGUACAUCAACAACGCCGUGUCCGCCUUUCGUUUAGCAUUUUGGGUCGGUGUGCGUGCUCAGUCCGCCAGGCGCGAGAUGUUAGAGAGCGCUGGUGUGUCCAAGGACGACGCCCGCCCUUGGGCUCUUGUAUUCUCUGGAUGGUCCAAGAAGGAGGACGCAUACUCUUUCGUCGAUCAGUACAAUCUUCAGGCCACUUCCUCAGCUCAGGUCUACGUGACAGCGGUGAUAGAUUCGUCCUCUGUGACUAUCUCAGGACGAGGUGAUAUCCUGGCAACUUUCGCAACGCAAGCGCCGGCCGGAAUCACGGUGCAUAAGACCUCCAUGGAUGCCCUGUACCAUGUUCCGGUUCUGGCCGAUGUGAAAACCCGUGUCCUUGCAGACGUGGCACGCCGUGAAGUGCGCCUCUCCGAUUUCGGCGACCUCAAGUUCCCGAUCGCCUGUACGGCGACUGGUGAACGUCUGAGUGUCAACAGCGGUCAAGGGCGGAGGCUCGUCGACACCCUUGUCGACUUGAUUCUGAUCCAACCUGUCAACUGGGACAGAGUCGUGCAGUCUCUGGCCGGCGAGACACAGGAUGCUCGUCUUCGCUUGGUUAACAUUGGUCCAGGCGCCAGCCUCACGAAAAGGGCCACGCGCGGUCUUCCUCGGGAUAGUUUUGACAUCGUCGAUAUGUCUACUCCACGUACUGCGUCUCCUGCGGCUCCUCGUCAAGAACCUAUCGCUGUUGUUGGCAUGGCGGUGGAUAUGCCUGGGUCUCCCAGCACGACGCAGCUUUGGAAGGUACUGGAGCAGGGUAUCAACACCAUCUCAGAGAUCCCCAGUCACCGCUUCAAGGUAUCCGAUUACAACGAGUCGUCCACAGGCAAUGCCAAACGAACGAUGAAGGCGCACACCGGAAACUUCCUUGACGCACCGGACGGCUUUGACGCCCAAUUCUUCAUGAUAUCCCCACGCGAGGCUCGCAGCAUGGAUCCGCAGGCCCGCGUUCUGCUGCAUACCGCGUACGAAGCCUUGGAGGACGCCGGCUACGUGCCGGACGCAACGCCUUCGUUCUCACGCGAAACCUUUGGAUGCUACGUUGGUGUCGCGACCGGCGAUUACAUUCAGAACCUGAGGAAGGAUAUCGAUGUGUACUACAGUACCGGCACAUUGCGUGCGUUCCUUUCUGGGCGUAUAUCGUACGUCUUCAAAUGGGGUGGUCCCUCGGUCGUCAUCGACACUGCCUGCUCCGGUUCCAUGGUGUCGAUCUACCAGGCAUGUCGCGCCCUCACCAACCGCGACUGCAACGCUGCACUCGCCGGCGGGGUGAAUGUUGUGACCAGUCCGGACAUGUUCCUUGGACUGGACCGUGGGCACUUCCUCAGUCCGACCGGGCAGUGUAAGGCUUUUGAUGCCUCUGCGGACGGCUACUCUCGUAGCGAAGGCUGCGGUGUCUUCGUACUCAAGCGCCUCUCCGAUGCCUUGGCAGAGAACGACAACAUUCUCGGGGUCAUUCGAGGAAUAGAAGUCAACCAGAGCGGUCUCUCCCAUUCCAUCACGCACCCGCAUGCACCGACACAGGCGAAGCUAUUCAAGCAGCUACUGGAUAGGACGGGAGUCCAUGCACACCGCGUCAGCGUUGUGGAAGCGCAUGGGACAGGCACUCAGGCGGGCGACCCCAACGAGCUUGAGAGCAUCCGCGGCGUCUUUUGCGCUGGCCGCACGGCGGACAACCCCCUCCACGUUACUUCUAUCAAGGCUAACAUUGGCCAUCUUGAAGCUGCAUCUGGAGCCGCCGGGCUUGCAAAGUUGCUUCUCAUGCUCCAGCAUCGGACUAUCCCACGUGUCAUCUCCUUGAACAACCUGAAUCCUCGCAUCAAAAAUCUUGAGGCCGAUCACACAAUCAUCGACCGCGAGCAGAUACACUGGCGACCUACUCGCGAGGGCGAGACGAGGAUGGCGCUGUUGAACAACUUCGGUGCGGCGGGUUCCAAUGGCGCUCUACUGCUCGAGGAGCAUGUAUCCCGACGGUCCCCUCUUACGGCGAGCUUCGUCUUCGGGAUUUCCGCCAAGACAUCCGACGCGCUCAUUCGCCUUCGUGACACGUACGUGGAUUGGCUUUGCCAUCCGGACCAGCAGGAUACACCCCUGGCUGAUAUUGCCUACACCGCAACGGCACGGCGCAUCCUAUACGACCACCGCAUCGCGGUGACCGCAUCAUCCAAGGAGGAGCUCGUCGAAAAGCUCAAGGCCUCUACUCCGGUGUUAUCCAACGCCGCUCCCGGCAAGGUCGCGUUUGUGUUCUCGGGUCAAGGCAGCCAAUAUCGCGGGAUGGGCACCACGCUCUAUCAGACUUCUCCGCUUUGCCGCGAGAUCUUCGAUGAUUGCCAUUCUCUCCUUGUCAGUGCCGGCUUGCCUGGAGUUCUCCAGGUUCUAUGCCCAGGAGAGAUUUCCGGCGACCUCUCGCGAGAGGAAGAGUUCGAGGCUAAUCAACCUGCUAUCUUCGUCUUGGAGUAUGCUCUGGCGCGUCUUUGGAUGUCAUGGGGCGUCCAACCCGGCGUAGUUGUCGGCCACAGUCUGGGCGAGUAUGCUGCUCAUGUCGUGGCGGGCGUGCUUUCCCUCAAGGACGCGCUCAUGCUUGUCGCUCGCAGGGCGCGGCUGAUGCUCUCCCUCUGUGUCGCCGACGAUACGUCCAUGCUCGCGGUCAACCUCAGCCAAUCUGAGCUCGAGAAGACCCUCGCAUCGUCUCCCAAGUUCGCCGGCGUGUCUAUCGCUUGCUAUAACAGCCCCUCUGACCUGGUUGUUGCGGGCCCUCUCGAUGCUCUCCGUGCGCUCAAGACGUACAUCACCGAGAAUGUGAAGGCCAAGUCCGUCCUGCUCUCCGUGCCUUAUGGGUACCAUAGCCGAGCCAUGGAUCCCAUCCUCUCCGAGCUCGCGUCCAUCAGCAAGCGCGUCGAUAUUCAACCUCCGAAGAUCGCCGUGGUCUCCAAUGUCCUUGGAGAAGUUGUCAUGCCAGGCGUAGAGGGUGUGUUCUCGCCAGAGUAUUACACGCAGCACUGCUCGCAGCCAGUGCAGUUCGAGAAAGGCGUCAAAGCGUUAAGCUUCUCCCCCGACUUCCAGGACCUUUCCGCCUUUGUUGAGAUCGGCCCGCACCCGACGACGCUGCCAAUGCUCAAGGCCCAUCCUCUUGUGCGCGGCGACAUCGCCCUCGUUCCCUCGUUACGAAAGAACCAUGAGGCUUGGGCGACGCUGUCCUCUACCCUGGCCCAAUUCUAUUCGACCACGUGUCCCAUUCGCUGGCGCGAUGUCUUUGCGCAUGCCAGUGCGUCUGUGACACAUUUGCCCACAUACCCUUGGUCGAAGGCGAAAUUUUGGGUUGCCUUUGAGGAGGAUAGUCAUGGCGCGUCAUCGGAUCCAGAGAGUCAACGCGCGAACUCGGUCGACAUCGAUCUUGUAGACGACUUCUCUAUGCUUCAUCGGUGGAUGCAGGCGCCCGCCCUUGGCAACGAUCCAACCGCCGUCAUCGCGACGCCGAUCUCCCUCCUUGCAUCUGCGAUCACUGGCCACCGUGUGGGAGGCGCGGCCUUGUGUCCUGCCUCCGUCUAUCACGAACUAGCGCUUGCUGGGAUCGUGGCUGUCUCCAAGCGACUGGGCCUCUCCUUUGACGAAUCGCACGUCAUCUUGCGCGAAGUUGAAUACACGAAGCCGCUCGUCUACGCAGCCGACGUCCAGCGCACCGUUUUCACGUCGAUCACUGCGAUGCCCGACGGGUCUGGUUCUUGGCGUGUGAGCUCACGUAGCGGUGACGGAUCCGAAGUCUGUCACUCGCUCGGCGCUUUCGAACGUCGUGCGAGCACGAAGACGAGUGGCAAGUUUGCGCGUCUCGCACCCGUCCUGUCUCGUCAAAUCGCUGCUGUCGAGGCGUCGCUUGACGCGGAGACGUUCUCCACGCGUACCGCAUACGAGGUUAUCUUCCCUCGCGUGGUGGACUACAGCAAGGAGUACCACACUUUACGCUCUCUGCGCGUCAGCUCGGAUGGCAUGGAGGGUUACGCCGUCGUGCAGCUGCCUCGCAGUCACGAGCGAGGUGGUUUUGUUGUGCACCCGGUGUUCAUGGACACGCUCCUGCAUAUUCCGGGCUUUGCGGCGAACCUGCAAGGCGGUGUCGCUGACGCCUUCAUCUGCCACCAGGUUGAGAAGAUUACGGUGCUACCUGAUCUCGUUGACACUGAUGCGCUCUAUGGUGUAUACUUCCGCAACGUCUGGCUUCCUGAGGAGAAGACCACGCUCGCCGAGGCAUUUGUGGUCGAACUCGCAGGCGAGCGUCGCAUCGUGGGCCACCUCAAGGGCAUGCAUUUCCGACGCGUCCGACUUGCUGGGCUGAAGCGCAGCCUUGCCCUGGCUGCUGGUGAAUCGAGCUCACCAGCACCGCCGUACUCGCCGCCUCGUCCCCGUCAGAUCGCCCCAACGUUGUCGCAAGUCCUCACAUCCAGUCGAGCUUCGAUCGACGUCGAGGCCAUUGUCAAACAGGUCGUCGCGCAGACGUGUGAUAUUGCGAACGUCGACACUCGCGCUGAUCUCAGCAGCUACGGUAUAGACUCGCUGAUGUCUAUCGAGAUGUUGCACAAGCUUCAGGACGCCCUGCCAGACGCCGCGCUUGACACCGACACGCUUGCAGCCUGUACGACAGUUGCUCAGAUCGUGCAAGAGGUUACAUCCAGGCUAUCUUCACCGGAAUCGCCCGCAUCGCCCGUCACGCCGCCUUCUAUGAGCUCAGAGACCACGAAAGCCGAAUCGCAAGUAGAACUGGGUUCCGCAUACGUGAGAAGCGUACUCGCGACAGCUCUUGGCAUCUCCACGACGGAUCUCAGCGACGACACGAGCCUGGAUGCGCUAGGAUUGGAUAGCUUGACGACUAUCGAGGUCAUGGCGACGCUGCAAAAGUCCCUGGCCGUCGCAUUGCCCGAAUCCCUCUUUGACUCCGCCACAACCGUCAAGGACGCGCUCAACGCUGUUGCCCACGCGAUGCCCGAUGCUACCAAGUCUGUCCAGCAUGUGAAGAUCCUGCCUGCCGCGUCACCAAUGACAGCCACCGUCGACGUCGUCUCGCCCGCGUCGCAACCGCGGUUAGAAAGGUUGUUACGCCUGAACGAGAUACCCGUUCCGGUACAGGCUGGUUCAGGGAUGCCGCUCUUUCUCGUACACGACGGAAGCGGCAUAGUCAACUACCUGGAACGCGUUACGCCACUUGGACGUCCGCUUUGGGGCUUCAAUAAUCCUCACUUCCUUGAUGGUCAGCCGUGGCUCUCGUUGGAGGCGAUGGCGGGCUCGUAUGCGGAGCAUGCGCUGAAGGUCAGCGGCGGAAGCGGGAACUUCAUACUCGGUGGGUGGUCGUUUGGCGGUGUUGUGGCCUUUGAGGCGGCGCGUCAACUUCGCGCGCGCGGCUCCCCAGUGCGCGGCGUACUCCUGAUCGAUUCUCCCGCUCCACGUGCGCACAUACCUCUGAGCGACGCGCUCAUCGCGGCUGUCACCGCCGCUGCCGGUCGCUCGUCCUCUAGUGACCUUUCUCGGCUCGUGGCCACUCAAUUCGCUUCGAACUCCCGUUUACUCGGCGCAUACGCCUCGACUGCCUUGGACGGUCCCUUCGAAGAGCGCGUCGUACUGCUUCGCAGCAGUGAGGGGUAUAAGCUCGCGGGUGGGAACGUGCCAGUCCCGAGUUGGCUGUCGGAUCGCGAAGAUGCCAACGUCGGUGUGAAGGGCUGGGAGGACAUGCUUGGGCGCAAGAUCAAGGUGUUGCCCAUACCUGGAAACCACUUUGAAGUCUUUGCCCCUCAGAACGCUGCGCAGGUUUCGAAGGCUAUUGCGGAGGCGGCGCGUUACCUCGAAGAGCAGAUGUAG